AUGUCGGCAGACAGCGAAAAUGCGGCUGCUAAAUUUAGUGUUGGAAAACGCUUCGGAGAAUGGGUGAUAGUCAAAAAAAUGGACGAGGGAGGCUUCGGACAAGUAUACAAGGUUGAAAAUGUGAAACGGAAAGGGGUUAUGGCUGCAUUGAAAGCGGAACCAAACGACAUUGAAGGAGGUUCAGCCAUCAAACUCGAAAUAGCUAUACUUCGCGCGUUGACAGAAAAUGGAGAAAAACCACACAUUCCAAAUGUUUUCCAUGCAGCAAAACAUAAAAAGUACUGCUAUAUGGUGAUGACGCUACUCGGCGAGAACCUGAAAUCGUUGAAGAUUAACUGCCCGAAAGAACUUAUGUCUCCUCAAACAUGGUGUCGAAUUGCCAUCCAAUGUUUGUACAGCGUUAAACUCGUCCACGACCAUGGUUACGUUCAUCGUGACAUAAAACCCAACAAUUUUGUAAUGGGACACAAAGAUGAUCUCCAGAGAGCUCGUGUAGUUCACAUACUUGACUUUGGGUUAUCACGAUCAUACGCUGUGUUGAAAAAUGGUAAAUGGGUAGCAAGAAAAGCCAGGGGAACGGCGGAAUUCAGAGGAACGCUUCGUUAUUGUUCUCCUAAUGUUCACGAGAAGAAAGAGCAGGGACGACGAGACGACUUAUGGUCUUUAUUUUAUGUACUUAUUGAAUUUCAUUGUGGUCUACCUUGGCAAACAGUUAGAGAUAAACAUAAGGUCGAAGUAAUGAAAAUGAAUAUUCCGGACAAGAAUUUGGUUCAAAACUUCCCAGCUGAAUUACGUGAUAUAAUUCCAUACCUGAGAACAUUGGACUGUUAUCAGCGACCUAAUUACAGCAUGUUUUACGAUGCGUUAGUGGCUCUCAUGAAAAGAUUGGGUACAAAACCAUCGGAUCCUUACGAUUGGGAAACCCAAGAGCAAGUCGACAAAGUGGUGAAGAACACGAAACCAGCUCCCUGGGAGAACGCGGAUCAGUUCUUCAAAUCAGAUCCGAUCAAUAUACACGCGCCCCCUUUAACAAGUGCACAAUCGUCGAGUCCUCCAAAACCUAGCCAGCCCUUUGAAGUUAGUGGUCCUCAUGUGGAAGCAUCAAAGGUUUAG